AUGUUGGAAUCAGAGAUCCCUGAACGCAGAUCUCAAAUCACCAUCUCCUUGAAGGUAUCUACGGAGCUCAACCUGGCAAUGUUUUAUAACCAAUUAGAAAAGCUACAACGAAUAAUCGCAUAUUGCUUGCGAUUUAAGUACAAUUGCCGCGCGAAAAACGAAUCCAUUUAUGGACCCAUCACUGCGGGCGAUGAAUAUACUUCUAAAACAGGCUCAGAAGCGGUAUUUUCUGGAAGAAAUGAACCCGUUAGCUCGGGGUCAACAUAUCCGAACCAGCAGUAA